AUGUCUUUGUGGGUUGACAAAUAUCGUCCAAAGACUUUGCAAGGUUUAUCCCAUAACGAUGGCUUGACCGAGUUGCUCAAAUCGUUAUCACAUCAACCUCGCGAUCUACCACAUCUUCUGUUCUAUGGUCCCAAUGGUAGUGGUAAGAAGACUCGGUGUAUGUCACUGCUAGAAUCGAUCUUUGGGUCUGGGGUGUACAAGAUGAAGAUCGACGUGAGACAGUUUGUUACACCAUCGAACCGGAAACUGGACCUGAACGUGGUGAGUUCAGCCUACCACUUGGAGAUUACGCCAAGUGAUAUGGGGAUCAAUGACAGAAUUGUGAUCCAGGAGCUCUUGAAGGAGGUGGCUCAGAUGGAACAGGUCGACUUUCAAGACUCCAAGGAGGGGCUUUCUCACAGGUACAAGUGUGUUGUCAUCAACGAGGCCGACUCGCUGACCAGAGAUGCCCAAUCUGCGUUGAGACGUACAAUGGAAAAGUACUCGAGAAAUAUUCGACUAAUCAUGGUUUGUGACUCGAUGUCAUCGAUAAUCUCGCCCAUCAGGUCGCGGUGCCUCAUGGUACGGUGUCCGGCAGCAACUAACGAAGAAGUCGUCAAGAUCUUAGAAAAGGUCGCCGCCGAAGAGAAUGUUAAGCUGGAGUCUCCAAAAGUACUAGAAAAUAUAGCGGUAGCAUCGAAUGGCAACUUGAGAACGGCGCUUCUCAUGCUAGAAUCGAUGGCGCUGAACAAUGAGAUGCAGUUGAAGGUAAGCACACCGAUCAUCAGACCCGACUGGGCGAGCGUUAUCCUGAAGAUGGCGAAUAAGAUACAGAAAGAGAGGACGGUGGGCUGUCUCGUGGAAUGUCGAGCCAUCUUGUACGAUCUGCUCGCGCACUGCAUAUCUGCGAGGAUUAUCUUGCAGGAGCUUACCUUCGCGCUGAUGAAGAACCAUAACAGCGACAAGGCAAAAGUAGGCAUCCUCGAGGCUUCAAGCAUUUUCGAUGAAAGGCUUUCCCUGGGAAGCAAGGCUAUCUACCAUCUAGAGGGUUUUGUAGCGAAGGCGAUGUGCGUCAUCGACGGCCAGUGA